CUAACACAACACCCACUGGAGAGAGAGAGAGAGAGAGAAUGGGGAGGAGGGCGUGGAGUGCCAAGGAAGGGGUGAAGAGAGGGGCAUGGACGAGCAAGGAGGACGAAACCUUGGCCUCCUACGUCAAGGCGCAUGGCGAAGGCAGAUGGAAGCAAGUCCCACUGAAAGCUGGUCUGCGGCGGUGCGGCAAGAGCUGCAGGCUGCGGUGGCUGAACUACCUCCGGCCGAGCAUCAAGCGGGGCAACAUCUCCGACGACGAGGAGGAGCUCAUCGUCAGGCUCCACAGGCUCCUCGGUAACAGGUGGUCGCUCAUCGCGGGCAGGCUGCCCGGCCGAACAGACAACGAAAUCAAGAACUACUGGAACAGCACCCUUGGCCGGAAGGCGCUCCCGGAGCGAUCUGCCACCAGGAUGGUCAGCACGCCAUGCGCCUCCCCCGGCUCCGUCUCCUCCAACUCCGGGGCUGCUACAAGCUCCAACGCUGCGACGCCCCCGUUGUCGGCCGCAGUGUGGGCGCCCAAGCCCGUGAGGUGCACGGGCGGCCUCUUCUUCCACGGGGAUGCGCGGGCCGUGGGAGGAGACGGAGAUGAGUGCAGCGGCAGCAGCUUGGUGGCAUCGUCGGGCGGUGGCGACUGGAUGGACGACGUUAGAGCCUUGGCGUCGUUUCUUGAGUCCGACGACGACUGGGUCAACUCCCUGCAGAUGGCGGGUUAACGCUCACACUUGUUUUCAGCACGUGCACGUUUAUCACUACGUACGAACAGGGAGCUGUAUCGUACCCCACAAAUGUAGUACGAUACAGCUCCAUGUACGUACGUAGGCUUCGUGCUGAGUACUGACUAAUGAGAGUAGCUACCUGUGACUUCUAAUCAUACUCACACUCUCUCGAGCUGUUUAGAUGGAUGGUGUAUAAGUGGGUGUGUUCAGCCGAAUAAGUGUAUGUGUGCCUACACGAGCAUCCACAUUUUGUAUUGUAUUUUUA